GUUCCUUUAUUUUCUCCUUAUAUGCCAGGGCAUGGGAUUAGAUUUUAGUUUUCUCAAUGACACAGAGCAAUACUAGACCAAUGUAAUGAUGAAUGUGGAACAGUAAUCAUACAUCAAAAGAUUAGAUGAUUUAGGCAAAAUUUUGUCUGUGAAUUUCACAGGGGAAGACGAAUCGAGUUAAUUUUGCUCACCCUAUUAUUAAGGAGUAACAAUUCAUUAGGCACCUUCAGGAUUCAUAUCAUUAGUACACGAAUUUUCAAAGAAGGAUAUUGAUGAAUUGGGUGAAGAGGACUUGUAUCGUGGAUAUAAUGAGAAAUUAUCCUCAUAUGCUGUGAGUCCACUUGGAAUUAGUAUAUUAUCCUCAAAAGGGAAAGUUUAUUUCAUUGACACAAAUUCAAAGGAUAUGUCUUUCUUCAAUUAUACUCUGCCAUUGUUAAAUGAGCAUUAACAGUCAACUCAGUUGGUGUAUGAUGAGAGAUCAAGGUAUUUCUACGCCUUUUUGAAUGAUAAUUCUUAAGUCUUAAAGUACUAGUUUCUUAACAAUGAAAUACAACAUAAACCAGUGGCAGGAUGGUAGACACCGACUGAUAAGAUGAGAGUUGUGGCUAGUAAUGGAUGGCUAUACUCAGCCCAAGAGUCAUAAGGUCUAUUUAUUUAUGAAAUCUAAUUGCAUGGGUUGAAGUUUAUAAAAUCAUUUACUUCUAUGGAUCUGUACGACUCUUAAAAAGACUUGUUCAGGAUUAUAGAUGUUGCAGUUUAUGAGGAUAAGUUGUAUGUUUUAGAUUAUUACAACGGAAUUACACAAUUUAAUAUUCAUUUUGAUGGCACAUUUACCAAAAAUGAAAAGUUGGGAUUGAUUAAGUAUUCAGAUUGCAAAUCAUUUUCAGUUAGAGGAUCAACAAUUAUAUUGAUAUAAAGUUAUCAAUCAAACUCUGAGAUUGUUGAGCUAUUUAUCUAGGAUGAUAACUAUUUGGAGAUGAGGAAGAUAUACACAAAAAGUCAAUUGAGAAGGGCAGACAUUCUCGAUGAUGAUUUUGCAAUUAUUCGUGGUCUUCAUGAUCAUAAAAUCAUGCUUAUUUAAAUGCCCGAAUAAUAUCUUGAUCAAGAUGCAAAACGAUUAGACAAUUAUUUCUUUAGUGGAAAUCUCUUGGGUGUGAAUAAAUUAGGUAAAAAUAAUGAGACCCUCUUUGCCAUAUCCCCUCAUGGAUUCUACGUUUUCAUUUACAGAGCAUAUCCCACUAUAAUCAUCUGCAACAGUAAUAAUGUUGAAUCAGGAUUAUACCAAGCGAAUAUGUAAAUCAAGAGUACUGAUUGCGAUAAGAAAACAGAUAAGUAAAAUCAUCUCCAAUAUUGUAUCACCAAUCAUCUCUACAAUUUCGAAAUCAAGAAACCCUUGCUUUCACCAGAACAAUAGUAAAUUACUAUAUAUCUAACUAUCAUCUUGAUAUCUAUUAUCCUCUUGUUGGUCGGAUGCAUUUUGUUUCACUGCAGAAGCUAUCAAAUUAAAUUAGAAAACCUAGAGAGAUCAAAAAGAAGAAAACACUCUAAGCCUCCUAUUAAAUUAGAAGCCUGA